GCAAAAUGAGUCCAAGUGGCCGAAAACUCGGCAUUUGCUGGUGUUUAGUAGGGAUUUUAGUGACGCUAGUGCAGGGUGCUUUGAUUGAACCCAGCAGGGUGAAACGGGGGAUUUUCGGUACUGUAACCAGUACCGUGUAUCAAAAUGUGGAAGAGAAAAUAUACGUGCCGGCCAGUUGCGUGUAUGUUGCCCCCAACUUGCCCGAGUGUCGGAAUGUUCGGUUUUUGAACGCUCGAUUCGAUCCAACAUCCUUCAAACUAUUCGGGAAUGAGCUUUUCGCAGUUUCCUCCGUCAAAGCGCCGCAGCUAGCGCAACUUACCAAGAGAAUUGACUCGGAAAACAACUCAAUUGAACAAACACCAACUUGGGGAGACUACUUCGGGUUCUACAGGCCUACUGUGACAGUAACUUCAAUUAAAAUCGAUCCCACUACCGUUGUAGACACUCGAGUCAUGGUCACUUACGAUAUCAGAGGUUGCAAACCGCAUUCAUUGCCGUUUGAACUGCCAAAAUGCAUUGAAGACACCGUGGAAGAAAUUAUCGCCACCACACCAGUAGCAACCCAAAUAACAGCAAGCAAGUUGAUCGAAACUGGCCGAAGCUUUGUGGCUAAAGAACUCGAAGGUUCGGAAACGGCCUUCGAGACUCAAGAACCCCAAACAACCACACAAACACUUCAAUAAUCGCACGCAUAUUUAGUGAAAAUAUACCAAAUACAUACUUGCAUGAAAGUGUCUUGGACUAGUGUCCUAACACCCAUUAAAAGACCAUAAAAAGUU